UUUUUUUUUGUUUAUUUCACUCGAAAUUACUUGUUUUUAAUCUAUCUUUUGCAAAAGAGUAUACGACCUGAUGUCUGAACAAGUAGAUCAAAAGAACCUUCAAAAGGAUCCCGUCACUGGAGAGAUGAUCUCCAAGUCUGAAUUCAAGAGACGUGAGAAGCUUCGUGCUAAGGAAGCUGCUAAGGCUGCUAAGGCUGCUGCUGCUCCUGCCAAGGAAACUACUAAGCCCAAGAAUGCUGAAGAAGGUGAAGAGGAUUUGAACCCCAAUCAAUAUUUUGAAUUACGUUCAAAGGCUAUCAACAAACUUCGUGAGAAUCCUACUCCUAAUCCUUAUCCUCACAAAUUCCAAGUUGAAUUAAGUCUUCCAGAAUUCAUUGAAAAGUUCAGCAAGAUCGAAACUGGCCAACGUGCUGAUGAUCAAGUUGUUUCUGUCGCUGGUCGUAUUCACAACAAGCGUGCUUCUGGCGCUAAAUUGCGUUUCUAUGAUUUACAUGGUGAGGGAGUCAAGAUUCAAAUCAUGGCCUCUCUUCAAGAUCAUGAAGGUGAAGAUUAUGCUCAAGUGCAUGACCUCUUGCGUCGUGGUGAUAUUGUUGGUGUUGUAGGUGUACCUGGUAAGACUAAGCGUGGUGAACUUUCAAUUUUCCCCAAGAAGGUUGUUCUCUUGUCACCUUGUCUUCGUAUGUUACCUAAAGCCAAUUAUGGUUUCAAGGAUAUUGAAUUACGUUAUCGUCAACGUUAUUUGGAUUUGAUCAUGAACAACUUUGUACGUGAUAAGUUUGCAAUUCGUUCCAAGAUCAUUACUUAUGUUCGUUCUUUCUUGGACCAACGUAACUUCUUGGAAGUUGAAACACCCAUGAUGAACACAAUUGCUGGAGGUGCCACUGCUAAGCCCUUUAUUACUCAUCACAAUGACUUGAAGCUUGAUAUGUUUAUGCGUAUUGCUCCUGAACUUUACUUGAAGAUGCUUGUUGUAGGUGGUCUUGAUCGUGUUUAUGAAAUUGGUCGUCAAUUCCGUAAUGAAGGUAUCGAUAUGACCCACAAUCCUGAAUUUACUACCUGUGAAUUUUAUAUGGCCUAUGCUGAUAUGUACGAUUUGAUGGAUAUGACUGAAGAAUUGUUAUCUGGUAUGGUCAAGUCUCUGUUUGGUAAAUACCAAGUUCAAUAUCAUCCUCAAGGUCCUGAUGGUCCUGUCAUGGAUAUCGAUUUCACCCCUCCCUUCAAGCGUAUUGAUAUGAUUCAAACACUCGAAGAAAAGUUGGACUGCAAAUUCCCUCCUGGAGAUCAACUUCACACUGCCGAAACCAACCAAUUCUUGUCUGAUUUAUUAAAGAAACACGGUAUUGAAUGUGCUGAACCUCGUACAAAUGCUCGUAUGCUCGAUAAACUUGUUGGUGAAUAUUUGGAAGUUAACUGUAUUUCACCUACUUUCAUUACCGGUCAUCCUCAAAUGAUGUCUCCUCUUGCUAAGAAGCAUCGUGAUCGUGCUGGUCUUUGUGAACGUUUCGAAUUAUUCGUAGCUACUAAAGAAGUUUGUAAUGCCUAUACUGAAUUGAAUGAUCCAUUUGAUCAACGUGAUCGAUUCGAAGAACAAGCCAAGCAAAAGGCAGCUGGUGAUGAUGAAGCUCAACUUAUUGAUGAAAACUUCUGUCAAGCACUUGAGUUUGGUUUACCCCCCACAGGUGGUUGGGGUAUGGGUAUUGAUAGACUUACCAUGUUCUUGACUGAUUCUAAUAAUAUUAAGGAGGUUCUUUUGUUCCCUGCUAUGAAGCCUGAAGAAAACAAUUAGAGAAGUUUUUUUUUUUUUUUAUUAUUAUUAUUGUUAAUAAAAAAUUUGCAUAUAAG